AUGAAUAGGACAACAGAUGACCAUGAUAGGGCUGAAGAACUGGAAGCGGUUUCGCAGAAUGUGUUGUUUUUGAUGAUGCUCAUUUUUUGUGGCGGCACAUUCUUCGCGACAAAUAAGUCAAAAAUACCUCUACCGUACACCGUACUUUUAUUUUUGUACGGAAUUUUUGUCGGUUUUGCCGCCCACUGGAUUACCCCAGACGUUGCCACAGCACUUGGUGAUAUUCCACCGGAGCUUCUUUUUUACAUAUUUCUUCCAGUAUUGAUCUUUGAGGGGAGUUAUGCGAUGAAUGUGCAUGCGUUGCGUUAUGUAUUUCCUCAAAUCCUGCUUCUGGCAUCGGUUGGGGUUCUGAUUAACACAUGUCUACUUGCCUUGCCUGUGGCGUGGUUUUUCCCAGAAUGGUCCUGGUAUGCAGCACUACUAUUGGGAUCAUUGCUAUCGGCCACUGAUCCUGUUGCCGUAGUGUCAUUAUUGAAGGGUCUUGGUGUUGACAGUAGGAUUACUGCUAUGGUAGAUGGUGAGGCAAUUAUGAAUGAUGGUACAGCUAUCAUUGCGUUUAAACUUCUAUUACCGGCUGCAAAAGCGGGCCGUAUGGAGGACCCAGCGUGGGUAAUUAUUCUGAAAAGUUUUCAACUUGCAUUUUUACCCAUUAUUGUUGGACCUAUUUUUGGAUUUAUACAAUCCUACUGGUUGCGCCGUGCUACAGGUGGUUUGACUAAGGCAUGCAUUACAGUAUCUGUCACAUAUGUGUGUUACUAUUUUGCUGGAAAUAUUGUAGGUACUAGUGGAGUUUUAACACUAUUUUUUAGCGGAACUUUUUUGAGUUUUUAUUGCCCAUCAUUAUUUCCUGGUUGCGAAGGGAAUUUGAUAUACAACAUUUGGGAAUUUUUGGUGCAUCUUGGUAACACAAUGUUGUUUUCCCUGGUGGGAGUCAUUUUGGUGGCUGAUGUGGUGCCUACACUAAACAUGUUGGACCUUAUAAUUAUUAUCUGUAUGUACACUGCAAUGAUUAUAGCACGCUUUUUAACGUUAGAGAUACUUUUACCGAUUUUAAAUCUUUUUUCGUAUCGAAUGUCGCAGCGAGAGGUUGCACUGCUUGCGCAUGCAGGACUUCGAGGUGGGGUCGCAGUUACACUUGCCUUGGCGGUACUGCAAACUGGAAUUGAAUCUGGGGUGAACGUUUUGAAAGUCACAUGUGGAGUUGUACUUUUGACGCUGUUUUUAAACGCCACAACCGCCGAAAGAGUUGUGACGCUUCUGGGGCACAAACGUAAAGAGGAGCACAGGCUGGUACAAAUGGACUACGCCUUAGAAUACCUGCAGGUUGUGAGUCAAAAAACACUUCAAAGAAAUAAAAAUAAGGCCUCCUACCGAAGCGCUAACUGGGCUGCCGCAGAGGCUUAUGUGCAAGAACAUCUUUGCAAUCCCUAUAAAGGUAUGAGCUCCUUGAGAGAAGAUGAUGAUAUUGUUGUAAAUCGUCUUCUUAUGAAGGCCUUUAAAGCUUCUUUGUGGAAACAGCGUGAUGAGGAUCUUAUAACUGAAACGGUUGUUUUAAUCAUCGGUCGCGCCGUCGUGUGUGCUGUUGAUGCAGGAACGCUGAUUGAAGUUAAGGAUUUACACGGAAGAAAAUCAUCUUCAAAUGUCACAAUGAAUGACGAAUUAGAGGCUCGCCUGAUAGAAGCAAAUCUUAUGCCACUAUGGGUCACUGUUUUAGAAUGUUUUCUGGGUAAAGGAUACCUGGUGUGGGCCCACGUGCGUGUGCAGCAAAACGCAUUUAUGACGCUACUUUCAUUCUCACGAUGCCUUGAUGAGAUAAAUCCCAUUAAGUAUCAAUACGCAAAAAAUGAACAACAAGGACGACGUAUUGAAGCUUGGAUUACAUCACAGAGAGAAGAGGUUCGUCGUGUUAUUCGUCUCUUGUACGCAACCUACCCUGCAGCCACAAUGUGUGUAGCCACGACCCGUGCUGUCUUGACAGCUGUGAAUCAAAUUCGUAAAGGUGUGGAAGAGUUGCAUGAGUAUCAUGGGUUUGGGGCAAAACCUACCGCAGCCCUACAAGAAAUGGUACAUGAGAUGCAUGAAGGCAUACCUCGAUCAUGGGAAGCGCCGACAAUGGACAAUGAAUUAGUAGUUGAGGCUCUGGCAGCGACACCGUUAGGCCGUGGACUGGAUCCCCAAGAAGUUAACACCAUAAGUGCCAUGGGAAACACGAAGAGUCUAAAUGAAGGUGAUGAAAUAAAACUUGAUGAAAAAUUCUUUUACGUUGUUGUUUUCGGUUUCUUAAAACCCAAACUUGGUCGUUGGAUGGCGUCUGAUGAGGGUCAACGUGGCUUUGGAUGCGUCCUUGGUCUGGAACAUUUUGUGGUUUCCCCGCAGCUACGUGAUAAUCAGCUGAACCGCUGGGUUGUGACAAGCACGGAGUGCCAGCUCCUUUGUAUUGCGUACAGCUGCAUUAAACCCUUUCUGUGGGAAAAAUCGGUGGCCUCCGUACAGGCCUUUUGGCGUGCUAUUGCGGUGCAAACGCUUCUCCCUGCCUUGGAGCAUAUGAUCACGCUGCCACCCAAUCUGGCACAAUCGUCUCGCGACCACUUUACGAGUAUUAUGAUGAGUGGUGACCCGCUUAUUGGCCCAAAGGAGUGUAAUGCCAAGCAUUGGUCCCGUCAAUUUCAAUUGUGUUUUUAUCUACGUGGGUCGGAUACAACGGGUCUCUUUCGUAACGGGCAUACUGCGCCGUGCUACAUCUCUGCAUUUUUUGCUAGACGACUAAAGUGGGAAGAUCCACGCGUUGUGCUGUACGCUGUUCCAGUAAAUGUAAGCGACAGUGGUUACGUUCCAUGGUCAAACACCGCCAACAAUAGUCUAAGUGAGCCUUUGCCGCUUUGCAGAUCUUCGUCGGUUGAGGUGGAUCUUUCCUCUGCAAUUAUGAUGGAUUCCAUUCCCCAUGACAUUCCCAGCGUUUUCACAAACGCGGCAGAUGUAUUAAGCAACAUUCUUAGUGGAAUUAUCUCCGGUGAGCAUCACUCCGGGGCCUCUAAGCUUGAGAUCCCCUGCGUGGAAGCCAACGGACUUGAGGGUCAUGACGUCUGCAUCUUGCAAACCCCAGAAGCGUUUGUUACGAAUGUGCCAUAUGUUAAUCAACUUUUUCUGCGCUACGCGACCGUAUUUGAGGUGCUUUGUAUCGCGGCUCUGCGGUACGUUCGUGUUCCGACAGAUCCCUUAAACGUUCAGCAUGCGCGGUACGUUUCAGAGCAGACCUUGGAGUUUCUUAUGACCUUUUUCAACGAGCUGACGCUGCUCUCUUUGGCUCUGCGCCGUCUUGCGCACCGAGAAGCUGCGGCGGUUUCCCUCGACGAUCACGCGGCACACUGGGAAGAGGCAGAGCAGGAGCAGGAUAACGAACUGGAGGAUAUGAAGAUGAUAUGCCAAGUGAUUAAGUGGAAUCGUAUGGCGGAGAUGCACGGGGCGUUCCAAUUACGGAUCAUGGUGCUCCAGAUGAAGUCGCUGGCAAAUCGACGCUUUCCUCAACUCGCCGUGUCGUUAAGAGCCCUGGAAGCGGAGCACCCGAGUUUAAGAGAAGCGGAUUCCGUGGAAGAGUUGCAACGCAUUUUAUUGGACCUGAGCUCCCAUAAGUAA